CGUACACGUACAGUUACUCAACCGCCGCUUCGGGCCCGACCUGUCUCCCUCUCCCGGCCCUCGACGCUCUUCCUCUUUCUUCCUCCUCGCGUCCUUCUUCCCUCGCUUCCGUUUCCUUUCAAACCCUAAGUCCGAUUACCCGUUCAAAACCCUAAUCCUAGCUCCCCAGCCUCCUCCCCACUGCGUCCCCACACUGCUCCGCGUCAUACCUCGCGACUUCCGCGCCCCCGCGCGCCCGGCCCUCCCACUCGGCCCUCGCGGACCUAGGGUUUCUCCCGGGCCGGAGCUGCUCGUUCGUUCACUGCCUUUGGGCGAGCCGGUGCGGGCGGGUGGUUGGGCGAGGAGGUGGUGGGCGGAGAUGAGAUGAGGUUGCAGCGGCUGUGGGGGCGGUGUGAACUAUGAGUAGGCUCUCGUUCAGGCCGCGGCCGCUCGACAUCCAUAAGAAGCUCCCCAUCCUCAAGUCUGUGCGGGAGUUCGAGGAUGAGGAGCCAGGGGUCGCGCCGCUUUCUUCUGCGAGGGCUGGGGUGCUGCUGCGGCACUCAGGAACUGAGCUCCCCGCGUCUGGGGCGAACAAGACGACAGAGGGCGAGGGAAGUCAAGCACCCAGUAAGAAAAAUGCCCAAGAAAUACCUACACCGCAGUUUGAUGCUGUGGACACAUAUGAAAGGGACUAUACUCGCACCUUUGCACAACCGACAUCUUAUAUACGUGGAAGAGGAGCCAGAGCUGAGAUCGGUGAAUUUGUCGAGUAUGACCUGGACAAUGAAGAUGAGGAGUGGCUUGAAGAAUUCAAUAACGAGCGGAAGAAUAUAAACCCUGAAAAGUUGGAGGUCCUUCUAUUCAAGUUGGAAGUUUUGGACCACAAAGCUCGUGAAAGAGCAGGAGCCAUAACACCAACUUUCAUAGGACCAGUGCCAGUCCUCUUGCAGCUAGAUGCUGCUAUAGAGGCUUUGCAGUACUUGUCUGUUCGAUAUGCCAUUUUCCAAGCUGUAUAUAACUACUGGAAAACAAAGAGGGAGCGAUGGCAAAAACCUAUUCUUCGACGUUUGCAGCCGCCUCCACCAGUGAAUGAUACAAAUCCAUACAAUGUCUUCAGACCAAGAGAAAAGGCCCAUCGUCUUCAUACAAGAAGGAUGCAAAGAAGGGAAAACAGUAUCCAAUCAUUCGAAAAACUCCGCCUGGUGCGACACAACUUGGAGCAAGCAAAAGCACUAAUGGAUGCUUUGAUUAAGAGGGAGGAGACAAAGCGGGAGGCCAUGGAAUGCCAGGUUAACCUGCAACGCGUUCAGAUGAAAUAUAAGCAUGAGGCCCAGCUUGUUGAGGAUAGGACUACCUUGUCUGGCUUCCAGCAAACUAACAGCAGAUUUGAAUCGAGUGAUGAUGAUUAUGCGAAUUCAGAUGACACAACAACUGAACAACCAUAUAUACGUCCAGCUGUUUUCCAUCCUAGGUUUCCUGCUAACAAGCUAUCUGUGAUCCCUCCACUUCGCAUAAAGCGUGAACGAGAACUAAAAAGGAGGACUCAGCAGAAUGGCUGGGCAUUUAAACGGGAUCCUGAGGAGCCAGUAUUCUUAUUCACAAGACCUCUUGAUCCGGAGAAGUUGAUCGCAGCAGGUAUCAAGCCACCACCAGAUCCUCCUAUUGAGAAUGGUGCCACAUCGCCACCAUUUCGGUGUCGAGGUAGGAUUGGACGAGGCGGCCGCAUCAUCUUUGAUCGGUGGAAUCCUCUUCUCCAGACACCAAUUGACCAGGAGACCUCUUAUUAUGUGCCGUACGGUCACAAGCCCCCCUCACCUGAAGGUUAAAGCAGUUUUUCACAUGCACAUAGUGCUUAAUGUCACUGGCACAGCUAUGAAAUUUUUGAAGCCCCCGAGCAAUUGGCCCUUGGAGAGCCCAUUUGUGACUACCUGAGUUGUGAGUUCAGUGGAUCUGAUGGAAAGGCAAGAAGGCUCCUUGAUAAGCAGCAGCCUCAGUGGAAGAUUGAGAGUGUAUUGUGGGGGUAUAUUGGGGCUAGCAUUUCUUUCUCAGAUGUGGCUUGGUCAUCUUUUUUCAUAGCUGUUGUAAAAUUAUUGCAGUGUAGGUGAAAGAGUAGAUUUUUUUUGUCUAAUCUUGGCAUUUAGGGUCAGUAUUUAUAUCAUGCUCUCUCAAUUGAUUAUUCAUUUGGAGUAGAGGAAAUCAUUCUCGUUGCUACGCCCAGCUUUUCUGUAUAAUGCUUCAACACCUUGUUGCAUGUAUUCAACUAAUGCGCACACGUGUAUAUACUGUAACUCGAUGUGCAUUGGCCUUUUGUGGCAAAUGUCACUAGUCAGUAGGUUAGGGAGAGAAUGGUAAUGGAAGGGGUUCGACAAUGAUAUUUAAUCUGUUGUUGAAAUGUUGCUGCGCAACUCAGCUCUUGUAACUGCACAGAUUCAGUUUUUUUGUUGUGUAACACAAAGUCAACAGACAGCUGGUCAUUAUCAGGACUGUUAUA